AAAUAUGAAAAUUAACAAUGAUAUAUUGAAUAUCGAAAAAUUAGAAAUUUUAUAUCAAAAUAGCUCAAAAGAGAAAAUUGAGAUUGAAAACAAAAUUUUGAGUUUAGUAGAUUUAAUUAAAAAUGAUGAAAAAAAUCUAAAACACUUAGAAGACAGUAUAAAUGAAGAAUCUAAUAAAAAUAAUAUACAAAAAUAUAAACUCUAUCCUAAGCUACCACCGCAUGUGGAAAAUAGCUUGCAAAUUUUGGGAAAAUUAAAUGAGAAUUUAGAUGAAUGUAUCCAAAAUGAAAAAUAUUAUUUAUAUACGUCUUUCAUACAAUACAUUGAAGAUACCUGCGCCAUUUUAUGCCCAAACCACAAAAUGGCGUUACAGCUGAAUUUUAUAUAUGGACAAUUUUGAAAUGCAUUUAAUGAAUGAAUCGCAAAUCUAGUAUUUAGAGGCCCAAAUCUGCUUACAAAAAGGAAAUUUCGCAAUUACGUUCCGCCCUGCUCAUAAAAUCCUACGACCAGGUCCUAUUUUUUCUGAAAGAAUUGACAAGCGUUGGUUCGAGGCUUCACGGCGGCCAAACAAAAUGUCGGAAUUUGUUUGAUUAUAUUUUGAACGUCACGUAUUUUUGGUUCGACAUCUAUUUCCUUAAAUUAUUCGAGGAAUACAAAGAUAUAGCUAGUCAAUACGGUUGGCCCGUUAUCAAUUCCGAUACUCAAAACUUGCGAGAUUUUACCAACGAAAACAACGUCAAAUUCGCAGACGAAUCGCACAACAGGAAGAAAAUUUUAACAUCCACUAUCAAAAAAAUUUCCGAUUUACCAUAUCCUUUUUUUAAAAUUUUUUAAAAAUACCUUUCAAAAAAUAUAAUUGGCAUAAUUAUGGAAAUCUGCUAUUUUUAGGGGUUAGCUCCCUAUCGGGGGGGGGGGUCUGAACAAACGUUCUAUAAUAAUGUAAACAGUAAUAUAUUUCGAAUUGAGACGUUUUAUUCUCCACAAUGUCUAAUAUACAUGUCGUAUUCGGAUAUAAAAUUCAUGGGGAUUCGAAACUCAAUUGUAAAUCGUUUACUUGGGGUGACUUUUAAGAUUUUGAAAAUCAUAUUUGGCUGGAUAUGUAUUCUAGCACUUAUAGAGUUACCCAUGUAAAUUUUUAUACAAAUUGGCCGAAUUUUUGAACUAAUAAUAUUUUUUUCAUACUAAUUAAUUAAAACAAAAUUUGAUGAUAAAAAUCAUAUGAAAUUUAGAACCGGCCCGAUUAAUAUUUUAACCAGAAUAAUAUUAUAUAACCCUGGAGAUCUUGCCUAUAUGGCAAAAAGGUAGACCUCUAUUUGUCAAAUUUCAAGGUUUAAUAUAAUAUUAUUUUGGCUAAAAUCUUAAUUGGGACAUUUUUAAAAAUUGACCCAAAUCGGGCCGUUUAACAACACUAGUGAAUCGUAGGGGUAGUUCCUACAUAUGUUUUUCUGUCAAAUCAAAUUUUUUAAAUUUAAAAAUCUUUCCUCGAGAAUCCAAACGUUCUAACUUGUAAAAUUUUUUUUAGGGUUUAGAGUUUAUGCGCUGCAAACUUUUUUUGGGGAAUGAUCCUUGCAAUUAAUAUAUAUAAGACCAUUUCCAAAGCGGACGUUUUUUUAAAGCGGUUUCGGAGGCAUGUAUCUAGUAAUUAGUAAAAAAAUAUCUCCAAUUUUUGUGUAAUAUAAUAUUUUUAAAACAAACUCAACGAAUCAUGUAUCUCAGUCGCCAUUUAAUCGUAAUUAUCUCUUGUUUGGAAAUAAUAAAAAAAAUUGCUGUAAACAUGCCUCAAAAACCGCUUUGAAAGAACGUCCUGUCUGGAAAUGGCCUAACAGACGACAGUAAUCGGAAAAUUCGAGUAUAUUAUGAAAUUUUUAAUUUCUUCAAAAAUUUAUUUAUAGAUUGUUUAAAGUAUUGUAGUAUGCUUUAGGCAGAAUCUUCUUUUUUUUUUAAUUUAAAAGAAAAUAGCGUUCGACAAAUGAUGUAUGUUUUUUUAAUGCGAACAAGAAUAUGAUUUUGGCGGAAGUAUAUUCCAAUAUCUGUAGAAAUUUUACCCUAUAAAUUUUAGAAUUGCAUGAUAUUACUCUUAUAGUAAUAACUGACAAUACGCUCAUUACCCGCGCUUGAUUAACGAAACUCGCGGGUAACAUAUAAGGGAACAAACGAACAGAAUAACUUGACGAAUCCUUAACUUUGAAAAAUAAAUUUUGAUUGACAUGGUUCAUUAUACACUAAACCGCUCUGGAUGCUCGAUAAGAAAAUUUUGGAAAGGAUCAAGUCUUUACAAUCAAAAACUGAUGAAGAAACAUCGAAAAGGCAUUGCGAUCUACUGGACAUUAUGCCUAUGAAUAAAGUUGACCUAUUCACCAUCCUUUUGCUGGAACCAUUUUACAAAAGAUUCAAGUAUCACUUUACCGAUCUUAGAAAAACGAACCAAUUAAACAAACCUGAAUGGUAUUACAGUCAAAUACUAGAGUGGAUCAAGCUUAACUCUCCAUUUUUAUGCUCUUUACUUCAAAAUUCGCUUGAUAAUUUAGGUAUGGCUGCUACCGAUAUACAGAUAGAAUUCAUUAAAGGUUUCGUGUACAUAGCUCAAAACAAAUUAAGACGCGAUUUGCCUUCAGCCUUUACCGACGACGACACAUUCUCCCAUAUAAUUGACGAGAGCAUUUUGUUUCACAAGAGUCUCAAUUUGCUUGGGUACGAUUUGAACUUGCCAAGUUGUUUGGAAAUAUUUUGCGAAAAAUAUUAUUUUAACAAAUGGAUAUCAAUUGAACACAAAUCUGCCACGGAAAAAAUGAAUGAAUUUUUAUCUUCCCCCGACGCCUGGUCUUGUGAAUGCGAUGAAAAUUUGCUAAACGAAUUAACAAAUAAGGAUAAAAUACCGGAAUUCGUUGAAAAAUACGUCGUUUUACUGGAAUAUCUAAAUGAUCGUUACGAAUACAUCCCUUACCCUUUGCAAAAAAUCCAAUUUUUGUCGUUGCAAAUAGAAUUAUUAGACGACUUUAGGAUAAGAUUACUGCAAAUAUGUCGACAGAAAAAGUUGGAUAACACCUCCCUGACCGAAAUCAAGAUCAAUUUGAAGCCGUUCUGUUAUUUGAUUAAUUCGUUUCACAUUAUCAUUAAGCUACUGGAAAAAUGGCGGGAUACACCCACAUUCGUAUUGCUUGCCUACAUAAAAAGGAGGUAUAUUAAAUUUUUGGCCUCAUCAAAAGCGCUCAAAUGCCAAGCUUCCUACCCUUCGGAGGAUUCAAAUGAUUAUACCCAAGCUAAGCAUAAAUGUGAAAAUCCACCAGUCGAAAAUAAUAAUCUUACACCAGCAAUAAAUUUUGACACAGAAAGUGAUACUCAAGAAAUCGAAAGCGAAAAUUUUUACAAAUUUUUAUUGGCCGGAUAUGAAUCAGAUGAAAAAGGAGCCUCCUGCUUUGAUUCGCAGAAAGAUAUUUUAAAUAAUUCCGAUAUAACAAAUUCAAACGAUGAUCUCAGUGAUGAAAAUUCGACUAGAAUAUUUUCUCAAACCUUAGAACUUUACAAUAUGGCAUUCGAUGACGCCUUGUCGCAAUUAGUUGAUUGUUCUCUCGCUCUAUGGAAAUCCAAACUCAAAUUUUAUAGGAAUCAAAGAUGGAACGUUUACCCUCCAAAAAGUUACUUCAUUAAUCGCGAAUUGUCAGUGGACGCUUGUGACACCCUGAGCUUCAUGAAAGAAAUAUUAUUUAUCACAAAAAAUGGUUUGACUGAAGACAUUUUUCGAAAAUUUUGGAUAAGAUCGGCCAAAAAUUUGGAUUCCUACUUUUUCGAUGAAGUCAUCUGCGUUAACAGAUUCAACGAAGGCGGCAUCGCUCAAUUAACUCACGAUAUAAAAAACGGAUUUUUCGUCCUAUUUUCGGCUUACUCAAUUAUCCCCGAAACUUUAUUUAAAAGGACAUGUGAUGCCUUAUUAAUUUUAAACCUAAAUCGUGGGACCUGCUUGUUAUUGGAGGAAAAUUUGAAAGAAAUAGACGCAGAAUAUGACGAUACUCUCAAAAAUAGCAAACGGCUCACAGAAAUAUUGAAUGACAUUUGUGUUAAAGUUUUAAAUUUAGAGGAAGUCCUAAAAAUUUUGUUAUCGCGUAAUUUGAUGUAAAUUUUAUUAUGAAGUCUUACAAGAAAUAUUUAUGGGCUUACAAAGAUAUUUUUUUUAUAAAUAA